AGUCUCUUUGCAGUUCCCCAAAACCCCUCUCUCUCUCUGAUUCGGUUUGUUUGCUGAGAGACAACAAGUGCAUCCAUGGCAGUUACCCUAUUCCCCUCUCCAUUGUCCUAUAUAAUCAGUCCACUUCACAUUAUUCUCUUCAUAAUCCAUCGCUCUGGUCCAAGCACAAUCUCAGCUCUCAAAGGCUCAAAGCUACUGCAUUUCUCUCCUUUUUGCUGUUUUUUCUUCUUCUUCUUCUUUGCCUAGUACUCCAAUUAUAUAUCAUUCUCUCGAUCGGAAAAAUGAUCCAAGGAUUGUUAGGUGGAGUUGUGGAGGAGAGGAAGGCAAUUUCCCACCUCAUCGACCACUCCCCAACCUCCUCCACUAUCUCGUCUCCUUCUUCUUCAUUCACGUCGGCGGCCGCCGCCGGAGACCAGCAACAGCAACAGCAGCAGAAUCUUCGGUGCCCGAGGUGCGACUCCACCAACACCAAGUUCUGCUACUACAACAACUAUAACCUCACCCAGCCCCGCCACUUCUGCAAGACCUGCCGGCGUUACUGGACCAAGGGCGGCGCCCUCCGCAACGUCCCCAUUGGCGGCGGCUGCCGCAAGACCAAGGCCGUCCCCGCCGUCGCCACGGCCGUCUGCGGCGCUAAGACUUCGCCCAGCAAGGCCAAGCCGCCGGCCAACGGAUCCGACCUCAUGCUGAGGUCCGGAUUGGGCGGCGGCGGGAUGGACAGCGACUUCUCCGCCAGCAGCCCCUUGCUGUGGGCUUCGCCCCACACUUCCCAUCUGAUGAGCCUGUUAAGGUCCGGCGCCGGCGUGCAGAGCCCCGCCACGCACUGCGGUCCGGUGAGAGUCAAGGAGGACCACCUAAAUGCGCACGCCCUGAGCUUGGAUCCCCUGAGCCAGCUCGGUUUGGGCGCCUCUCUGUGGAAAAACUACUCCUACCAACAAGGACUGACGCAGCAAAAUGGCAACAACCUGAAGAUUGCCUGCGAAAUGCCGAGCUCAGAGAUCCAAGACCUGUACCAAAAGUUCAAAUCCUCGUCCAAUUACCACAACGACCCGUUGCAGAGUACCCUGGUCGGCAACGCCAAUAACGGUUCCUCUGCUUCGUGUUCUAUGCUGUCGAAUUCCGGCAUUGCUGCUCCUCCUUCAGCGACGACGACGGCGAUCUUGGACCCAAUCCCACAGCUGUCUACUGCAGCGGAGUUCGGUUACUGGAAUAUUAGCCCGUCUCUGGCGGCAUGGUCCGAUCUCCCCACUCCCAAUGGAGCGUUCCAUUAAGAGCUAGGAAAAUUUAUUACUCACUUUUGUUCCGUUGUAGCAUUUGUCGUUUGUUCAUGUUGGUGAACUGAGUUGAUAUCAUCAGUCGAAUUAUAGAUAUGAGAAAUGUGAUGCUUGUGGUUUUAUGAAUGUCUUCGAUUUGUGUCCAGAUGAAUCAUCUGCUACAUGAACAAUUGAGAGUUAUUAUAAUUUUUAAAGAAAA